AUGUUUUAAUUACUUUAGUGGUUUCAAUCUGAAGGGAUUCGUACAGAAAAUAUAAGAGUCACAGAACUUACUUAAGGAUGCAAUGGUGUUGUUGCUACUCAACCUAUUCCAUCAGAUUAAGUAUAUAUGUUUAUUAAUGUAAAAGAUCAUAAUUAAAAUUCCACUUCAUUUGUGUAUAUUUAGUGAUGAUCUAUUAAACAAUCAUUAUAAAAGAUACAAGAAAUAUUAUCCUCAUAUAUUUAAUAUCGAUUUAAAUGAAGAUGCUGAAUUUAACACACUUGUUUUGUAUAUGUAAAAAUCAAUCCUUAUUCUAAAGAUUACAAUAAAGAGAUAACGAAAUGUCAUUACAUAAACCAUAUUUUGAUUAUGUUAAAGACCCUUAAAAUAUAUUAUCUUGGACUUAAUAAUAAGUUGAUACUAUAUUGGAUGAAAACUUGAAAAAAACAAUAUAAAAGAUGCGAAUAGGUUUACAAUUAAAUUUUAGCAGAUUUGUUACAUUUUUUAAAGAGUAAUUCAAAAAGGAAUUAAAUUAUGAUUAAUUUUUAUAUGCCUAUCAAUUUGUUAUGACAAGAUGUUUUGGUGGAGAUGAUCACUUUCAAUCUCCUUGUUUAGUUCCUUUUGGGGAUAUGUUAAAUCAUCACGAUAAAUGUUAAACUAAAUAAAAAAUAAUUGGAACUGAUCUUGUGUUUAUUACUACAAAAAUAGUUUAAGAAAAUGAAGAAAUUUACAAUUUUUUUGGUGAACAUAGUAAUAGUUUCUUAUUAUGUUGGUAUGGAUUCACUUAUGAUAAUAAUAUUUAUGAUAAAUUAUAUCUAUUAUAUGAAAAUGAUUAGAUUAAAGAAGUGAGUUGUUAUGAAUUUCCUAAAUGUAAUUUCAAAUUAAAGUAUUAUAAAGUUUGUUAAAGUAUAAUAAAUAAAUCUAAAUAUUAGAAUUGUUAAAUCUAUUAGGAGUAUAGAGAUUUAAAUAAUUGA